AUGAACGAGACUCUGGUCACUGAGUUCCUCAUUCAGGGGCUCUCAGAAACACCUGGGCUGCGAAUGCUGCUCUUCCCCGCCUUCCUUCUGUACACAGCGGCCCUCUUGGGAAGCCUGCUCAUCGUGGUGCUCAUCAACUCCAGCCCAGCCCUGCACACACCCAUGUACUUCUUCCUGUUCAACCUGGCCGUGGUGGACAUUCUCUGCACCUCCACGAUCCUACCUAAGCUGCCGGCCGGCAUGGUGGCCAGCAAGACCAUCUCCUACAGGGGCUGCAUGGCCCAACUCUUCUUCUUCACGUGGUCCAUGGGGGCCGAGCUGCUGCUCUUCUCCGCCAUGGCCUAUGACCGCUACAUGGCCAUCUGCCGGCCCCUGCACUACGGUGCCCUGAUGGGCCCCCGGGCGUGUGCGCUCCUGGUGGCGGCAGUGUGGGUGGUCAGCCUGACCAACACCAGUGUGAACACGGGCCUCACCCUGAGCCUGCCCUUCUGCCACUCCAACGUGGUCGAGCACUUCUGCGAGAUCCCACCUCUGCUGAAGCUCUCCUGCGCCCCCACCGGCCUGAACGAGGCCAUGGCCUUCACAGCAGAUGUGGUCCUGGCCGUAGGGAACUUCUCCGUGAUCCUGCUCUCCUACAGCUGCAUCAUCGCCUGCAUCCUGCGCAUCCGCUCAGCCGCAGGCAGGCGGCGGGCCUUCUCCACCUGCUCCGCCCACCCCCUGGUUGUCUCCACGUACUACUCCACCAUCAUCCACACCUACAUCCGCCCCACGUCCAGCUACUUGCUGGACAAGGACAAGCUGGUGUCGGUGACCUACACAUUUGUGGCGCCAUCCUUGAACCCCCUCAUCUACUCGCUGAGAAACACAGAGGUCAAAGCUGUGCUCAGGAGGCUGCUCUCCUGCCGCUGA